ACGUUCCAAGAAAGAGCCGUAGAAAGGACUAAGACUGUUGAGAAAAGACCUCGAUACCUCAUACUUUCCUUGCUUCAUAUAUCAAGGGAAAAAAUAUCAAUUAAAAGGAUUUUAGCUCUUUGCUUCAGCAUUACAAUGGUAGAAAGCGAAGAACAAGAUUCGAGAGGGCUGCGAGCUGUCGUUCUACACACAGCUUUUUUUACCAUCAUGAUGGUCCUAUCUCUGGCUGGAAACGUCUUGAUUUGUCUGGCUUUCUACAGAAACAAGAGUCUACGAACUAUCACUAAUUUCUACGUUUUGUCCCUGGCGGUGGUAGAUCUCAUGGUGGCAGUUUUUGUGUUUCCCUCUGUGACCGCAGCUUCUGGUUUACGCAAAUGGCCCUUUAGUCACGAAUUUUGCCAGUUUACUGGUUUUCUUACAAAUUACUGGGUUUUUGUGUCCCUCAGUAUCUUGGCUCUUACAGCAAUUAAUCGAUAUGUUUGCGUUGUAAAACCACAACAUUACUCGUUCUUCUUCUCUAAAAAGAAAACUAUGAUUUCGAUUUGUUUCGUGUGGAUUUUCAUGUUUAUUUUCUAUCUCGUGUUCAUUGUUGCAUUGCAAGCUACUUUCGAAUGGCAGCCAAACGCCCUGCACUGCAGAGUGACCUUCCCCGAUGAAAAUACUACGAAGGUGGUCUACAUAGGUUUUGGAAUAUGCACUUCUCUAUCGAUGUUGUUCGUGUUAUUUGGUUAUUGCGGUGUCUACCGUGUCAUCUGGCGACACAAAAAUGCGGUCGUUCCUUUCAUACAUGAAGGAAACAACCAAGGCGUAUCACGAGCACAGGAAAUAAAAACCUCUCGGGUUCUUUUCGUCGCCGUAUUCGGAUUUUGUGUCUCUUGGAUGCCCGGGAUUGCCAUGAAGGCUGUCGAGUUUGGCUUGAAGAUAUCGGUUCCUUCCUACUUACAGUCGAUGCCCAUGCUGUUUUCUUGCAUCUCUGCUUGGAUCAACCCGAUAAUUUAUGGGGUUAUGAAUCGAGCGAUGCAAAGGGAGUUUGAAAACAUUUUGCUUCGUUGGAGAAGAAGAAAGAUCAGUGCAACUUCACAUUAUUCCAGCCUGCGCGCUAAAUCUAAAGUACGCGAAGUAACUGAACUGUAACCAUUCUGUUAAAAGAAAAAGAAACAACAGAUUUUGAGGUUUUCUUUUCGGCGAUUGCAAUAAGUCUACCUAGUGUGCAAUCACCCCUUGCGUCAGGCCAAUCACUACGGCCACAUUGAGACAGAGUUGGAGUUUGAUGGUCAUUCUAGAAAGGUUUCAUGAUAGUCGAGGUGAAACGUUCGGAACUACCCGUUGAAAAGGGGUGGUUCGACUAUAUAUCUUCCUGUUUCUUCAUUGGCACCUUAGCGCUUUGAAAACUCUGGACUUGGAGCUCCAAAACAUUAAAAGAGACAGUGAAAUCAGCCGAAAAUUGUAUGAUAUAUCUGCUCGUCUUGCAUGACCAGAUGAUAAAUGCUAAAUUUUUGAUUAGUCGUUUGUUUGAUGAGUCACCUUCAGUUGCACUGUGAAGCUUUCAAUU